CGCUGGCCCCGGGGAGGCGGCGGCGGCGGCGGUUCCCCGCUGGGUCGCGGGGCGGCGGGGCCUGGGACCCGGAAGCAGAAGCGGGGCCGGAGGCGGCUGGAUGGGAAGCGGCGGGGAUGGGGGAGCAGCAGAGCUCGCUGAGCACCCUGCGGGCGGCCGCCGCCGAGGCGCCGUUCCCGGCCGGCGGGGCCCGGGAGGCGGCCGAGCCGGGGGAGCCGGAGCCCGGUAGCAGGCGGCGGAGCGGGGAGCAGGAGCCGCUUCCCACCGGGGCCCCGGGGAGUCCGGAGCGCAGCGAGGAGUCGCCGCCGCCCCCUGAGCCUCCUGCGGAGGAGCCGGGGGCUGGCGGGGAGCCCGGGGCGCCGCCCGAGGAGGGGCCGGGGCGGGACUGGGGCAGCAGCCGCUACCGCAUCCCCCCGCGGCGGCACGUGUAUUGCACCGUGUACUGCGUGGAGAACGACCGGGCUGGGGCCGGGCCGGGACCCCCGCCCGCCACAGCCCCCGGGGCCCUGCCCGCCCGCCGCGCCGCCCUCGGAGACCCCUUGACCUCGGGGGGCAGCAUCGAGGUGGACUUUUACCUGCUGCCCGAGCCCUACUUCGGGCCCCUGCUGGUGCUCUGCUGCCGGGUGUGCCUGGAGGAGAAGCCCAUCAAGCCCCUGCCCUGCUGCAAGAAGGCGGUGUGCGAGGAGUGCCUGAAGCGCUACCUGGGCGCCCAGGUGCAACUGGGACAGGCAGAUAUAAAAUGUCCAAUCACAGAGUGCAGUGAAUACCUGGAUGAAACAACUGUCCUCUACAACCUGCCACAUGAUGACAUCAUCAAGUAUAAAUACUUCCUGGAACUCAGCCGUAUUGACUCCAGCACCAAGCCAUGCCCUCAAUGCAAACACUUUACCACUUUCAGGAGGAGAGGUCACAUUCCAACCCCUACGAAAUUGGAGAACAAAUACAAAAUCCAGUGUCCAACUUGCCAAUUUGUCUGGUGUUUUAAAUGCCACUCCCCCUGGCAUGAAGGUGUUAACUGUAAAGAAUACAAAAAGGGAGACAAGCUGUUGCGUCACUGGGCCAGUGAGAUUGAACAUGGGCAAAGGAAUGCCCAGAAAUGUCCAAAAUGCAAGAUCCACAUCCAGAGAACAGAAGGGUGUGACCACAUGACCUGUUCACAAUGUAACACUAAUUUCUGUUACCGCUGUGGGGAGAGAUACCGCCAGCUCCGUUUCUUUGGAGAUCACACAUCAAACCUCAGUAUAUUUGGAUGCAAAUAUCGCUACCUCCCUGAGAGACCGCAUUUAAGGAGAUUAGUGCGAGGCUCUGUCUGUGCUGGAAAAUUACUCGUUGCACCCUUAAUACUGGUAUUGGGACUGGCACUGGGAGCUAUAGCUGUUGUAAUAGGUUUAUUUGUGUUUCCUAUCUAUUGCCUUUGUAAAAAGCAGAGGAAAAGGUCACGGACAGAACACAGGUGCUGAUCCUACUUCCAGCAAAAUCAGUGACAAAUCUUUCUCCCUUCAUAUGAAGUAGAUAGGAAUGCUGGGGCAAGAGGGAAUUUGGAUUCAUCAAGUAAGUAGUUUCUAGAAAUUUUAAAAUGAAAAGAUGCACGCAUGACUAGGACUCUAAUAUGUCUCUUAGCUAGUCAACAGAGAAACGUAAAGGCCAUUACAAAUUGGAAAAGUGAGUAUAAUAUUAACACUUGCUUUUCAGUUUUGGUUUAGUGUAUUGUGUAUUGACAGCAUGUUUUUAUUAACCUAUGUUGGUGCCUUAUUGCUUGAAUCAGUUGAGUUUUCCUUUAUAAAAAAGCCAUAUAGGAAGUAUUGACAAGUUGAUUGCUAUAUAUAGACAUCUUUAGGCCAAAAGUCUUUUAUUCUGAAACAGGGAUAUUGCAACGUAAUACAUUUUAGGAACAAGAAAGGUACUCUCAUCUGUUUAAUUUUGCUUGAUCUUAAUCCUGUCUUUCUGUUUUUUAAACUACUAUUCACACACACACCCCUUCCAGAAAUGCAUCUAAAUAUAUGUUGUCAGUGUUCAUUUUGUCUUCUAAUAAAAGUACCUGUUGGUUUUGACAAAACCUUUCAGGCCAAAUUUUAGAUGAGAGAGAGUGGUGGAGCCAGGUUUUACAACCUUGGAGGGCACUGGGUCAUUUGUGGAGACUCCCUGUUCGAUGGGUGUACUCCUUCUCUGUAGCUGCAUCCUCUUUGCCCUGCCAAGGGAGUACCUACUUCCUGCAGCUGCACCCUCCAUCCCGGCACCAGAACCCUAAUCCUGGCGCAAUGCAGGAAGGAGGCUUUGGGGAUGGAGCCGGGGGAGGGCUGGAAAGUAAGCCUGCCCGACACUCACAUAGCAGUGGUGGCUCCUGACCCACAGGGCUGAGCCUAGCUCUCUACUCUGGGUAUUACAACCUAGCACACAGGUCAUCAGAGCACCAUUUAGGUUUGGCCUGGUCACCUUUUCAUCACGACAGACGGGCAGCCAGGCCAAAUUUGAAUGAGUGUCAUUGUGAUGUGGCUCACGGGAUUGCUAUACCACUUGAACCUGUGUGCCAUGUUGCAAUUCCUGAAAUGACCAACCAGGCCCAGCCACAUGGGACAGGAGCAGAUGCUGCUGGGUGAGUUUGGGGUGGGCUUGCAGUGUCUGUGGCAUCCAAGGAUGCUUGAAGAGACAUCCUGGCUAAUAUUUGACCCUCCAUGAUGAUGGGCUGAAACUUUUCCCUCUGAAAAUGUUGUCAUACACCUCCUUUUGUCAGUUACAUAAUAUGCUUGAAAAGACACCACACAUACACCUAAAGACCCAUGGGGGAGGGAGGGGCAGUUGCCCCCUACCCCUCUAUUAGUUCUGCUACUUAUUUUUGUGUGAAGAGACUUGAAUUAAUUUGAAACAGAUACAGGCCAUACUGAGUAAGCAGCAUUAGUCCUCUCUCUGUCUCAAAAAGGAGGAUGUGAUUCCUCCCUUCUGUGAGAAUAUUGGGUGAAGUCCCAGCUCCUACUGACUUCAUUGAAGGCCAGGAUUUACCCACUAUAUUCUAGAUCGUGUGAAGUACUUACAU